AUGUGUGACACCAGCUGCUCCUCAGGCUGCCAGUCAGCAUGCUGUGUGCCCAGACCCUGCCAGGCAUCUUGCUGUGUGCCUGUGAGCUGCAGGCCCACUGUGUGUUUGCCCAUGAGCUGCCAGUACUCCGUGAGCUACAGGCCUGCUGUGUGUGUGACACCUUCCUGCCAGUCCUCCAUGAGCUGCAGGCCUGUUGUGUGUGUGCCUGUGAGCUGUCAGUCCUCCAUGAACUGCAGGCCAGCUGUGUAUGUGCCCAUGAGCUGCCAGUCCUCUGUGAGUUGCAGGCCAGCUGUGUGUGUGGCCCCCUCCUACCAGUCCUCCAUGAGCUGUAGGCCUGCUAUGUGUGUGCCUGUGAGCUGUCAGCCAGCUGUGUGUAUGGCCCCCUCCUGCCAGUCCUCCAGGUGCUGCCAGACCUCCUGCCCCACCCUGGUCUUCAGACCUGUCUCCUGUGGCUCCCCUUCCUGCUGCUGA